GAGGGCCAGUAAGCCUGCGCAGCUGCAGGGCGCGCGCGCUCGACUUUAAACAGGUCCCGGGAGGCCGCGCGCCUGCGCACUAGAGCUGCCCUAAAAGAGCGGCCACCUCCUUUCCAGGCGCUGGCCUGGUCCAGAGGCCUCGGACUUUAAGGUCUCAUCCUGCCUGGCCCUUGGCCCCGCUAUGCCUGAGAUCCGCCUCCGCCACGUAGUGUCGUGCAGCAGCCAGGAUGCGACGCACUGCGCAGAAAACCUCCUGAAGGCCGACACCUACCGGAAAUGGCGCUCCGCCAAGGCUGGGGAGAAGCAGAUCUCCGUCAUCCUGCAGCUGGAGAAGGAGGAGCAGAUCCACAGCAUAGACAUCGGCAAUGAGGGCUCUGCCUUCGUGGAGGUGCUGGCGGGCAGCUCCGCGGGGGGCGCCGGGGAGCACGACUACGAGGUCCUCCUGGUGACCUCGUCCUUCAUGUCCCCGUCCGAGAGCCGGAGCGGGACGAACUCCAACCGGGUCCGCCUGUUUGCCGCCGACAAGCUGGUCCGGGCCACCGCUGAAAAGCGCUGGGACCGCGUCAAGAUCGUGUGCAGCCAGCCCUACAGCAAGGACUCCGCCUACGGCCUGAGCUUUAUAAGGCUGCACAGCCCCCCGGAGAAGGAGGCGCCCGAGGCCAGCCCCGGCCCCAAGGUGACCAAGCUGGGAGCCUUCCGAGUGAAGGAGGACGAGGGCACCGGCAGCUCCCUGAGACCCGGCUCCCUCUUCUUCAGCCGGGCCGGCAAGGCUCCCCCAGCCCCCCCCAGAGAGCAGCCGGGCCCCAGCUACGCAGCCGCCACCCUGCAGGCCUCCGAGGGCGUGACCCCCCAGACUCCUCCCUCGUCGUCCCCCCAGCCCCCCUCCGCAAGCAAAGCCCCCGGCAAGGUGAGUCCCCUCGGCCGGGCGGGGAACUGGGGGGCGACCAGAUCCCCGGAUGUGCCCCAUCCGCCCCUCCCCUUCCAGCCCCAAGAGUCUCCCAAGGGAAAGAGGAAAUUGGACUUAAGCCAGGAUGAACCAGGAAACAGAGCCCAGGCCCGUCCGGCCCAGCCCAAGCUACCAGCCCCCAAGAAGCCCAAAGGGCCUGCCGCGGGCCCGGCCCAGGGGCCUCCCCAAGCUGAAAAGAAGGGGCCGAAGGCCGGGGUCGGGCCCGCGGAGCUGGGGAGGAUCCUCGAGGGCGUCGUGGUGGUCCUGAGCGGCUUCCAGAACCCCUUCCGCUCGGAGCUUCGGGACAAGGCCCUGGAGCUCGGCGCCAAGUACCGGCCAGACUGGACCUCGGACAGCACCCACCUCAUCUGUGCCUUUGCCAACACGCCCAAGUACAGCGCGGUCCUGAGCCGGGGCGGGCGCAUCGUGCGCAAGGAGUGGGUGCUGGACUGCCACUGCAUGCGGCGGAGACUGCCCUGUCGGCGCUACCUCAUGGCAGGCCCGGACUCCAGCAGCGACGAGGAGACGCCGCCCCCUCCCGCCACCAAGCACCCCAAGGCUAACCACCAGGCUCCCCCAGCGGGGCCCAAGUCAGGCUCCAGGACGCCGUCCCCCGAGGAGGCCGGCCCGGCCCACAGAGAGCCCCAGCGCGCCCCAGACCCAGAGGAGGAGUCGGCAGGUGCUCAGGACCACGGGACCGAAGACUCUGGGGACACGGAGGACGAGCUGAGGAGGGUGGUCAAGCCGAGGGACCAGCAGCAGCCCCCAGACCCAGGAGAGAACGGAGAAGACCCCUAUGCUGGCUCCACGGACGAGAACACGGAGGAUGAGAGCCCCGAGUCCCCGGACCAGCCCAUCCCCGAGCUGCCAGAUUUUUUCCAGGGCAAACACUUCUUUUUCUAUGGAGAGUUUCCUGGUGAGGAGCGACGGCAGCUUGUCCGCUACGUUACUGCGUUCAACGGGGAGAUAGAAGAUUACAUGAAUGAUCAGGUCCAGUUUGUGAUCACGGCCCAAGAGUGGGACCCCAGCUUUGAGGAGGCCCUGCUGGACAACCCGUCGUUGGCCUUCGUGCGUCCCCGGUGGAUUUACAGCUGCAACGAGCAGCAGAGGUUGCUGCCCUAUCAGCUCUAUGGGGUGGUCCCCCAGGCCUGAAGGCUCGCGCAGAUGAGCGCUCCCCUUUCACCCCAAGUUCUAAUAAAUGUCACUAUUGGAGCA